AUGACUUUCAAUUUAAGGAAAUUAGACGUCGAAGAGAUUAAGAGGGAAAACCCUUUCACAAAACUGGUCCAGGGCCAAACUAUUGUUGAAAUUCCCUCAUUACAACUAGAAUCAGGCUUAACGAUAAACAACUUCCCCAUCGCAUACAAGACAUGGGGGACACUAAAUGAGAAACGUGAUAACGUUCUAGUGAUUUGUCAUGCAUUAACCGGGUCUGCUGACGUUGCUGAUUGGUGGGGACCGCUACUAGGUGAUAAUUUAGCCUUUGAUCCUUCCAGAUUUUUCAUCAUUUGUUUGAAUUCCAUGGGGUCACCAUACGGUUCCUUUUCACCUUUGUCUAUAAAUGAGGAGACCAAUGAGAGAUACGGUCCAGAAUUCCCAUUAUGUACUGUACGUGAUGAUGUGAGAGCACAUAAGAUUGUCCUUGAUUCAUUAGGCGUAAGUUCUAUAGCUUGUGUCAUUGGUGGGUCCAUGGGUGGUAUGCUCGCCUUAGAAUGGACCGUCAUGUAUGGCAAGGAUUACGUGAGAAACUUGGUGGCAUUGGCUACAUCAGCAAGACAUUCCGCAUGGUGUAUUUCAUGGUCUGAAGCACAAAGACAAUCUAUUUACUCAGAUCCUAAAUACCAGGAUGGGUUUUAUCCCUUGGAGGAUCCGCCAUUAGCUGGUUUAUCUGCUGCUCGUAUGGCUGCACUAUUAACUUAUCGUUCGAGAAACAGUUUUGAAAGUAAAUUUGCUAGAAGAACUCCAUCAUUAUUACAACAACAAAAGGCUCAAAGAGUGGAAAGUCGUCCGGCUUCCACAGUUAAUGAAAAAUCUAUUCAAAUACAUAAUGAUGGUUAUGUUGGUAGAUGUCGCCCACUUGUUGUAGAUCGUCAAAGCAGCGUAUCAUCAUCUGAAUCGUUACAUUCUGUGUCCUCUGUCACUUCAUUGAGUUCCGUAUCAGGUGAAGUGAAAGAGUUGAACCCAGCUCAGACAUUCUUCUCUGCACAAAGUUAUCUUCGUUACCAAGGUACCAAAUUUGUUAACAGAUUUGAUGCCAAUUGUUACAUUGCUAUUACAAGGAAAUUAGAUACUCAUGAUUUAGCCCGUGAUAGAGUAGAAUAUGAGGAUGAUCUUUCUGAAGUGCUAGAAGUUGUUCAACAACCAACAUUAGUCAUUGGUAUUAGUUCAGAUGGAUUAUUCACGUACUCAGAACAAGAAUUUUUAGCUGAACAUAUACCAAAUAGUCAUUUGGAGAAAAUUGAAUCUCCAGAGGGUCAUGAUGCAUUCUUAUUAGAAUUCAAAUUAAUAAAUGAAAUGAUCGUUAAUUUUUUGAAGAAAAAUGCCAAGGAAAUAACAGAUAGCGAACCUCGCCCAUGGGGAACCGACUCUAUAAAUAAUGGGUUAAAAGAUUCAGUAUUUGGAGAAGCCGAAGAGGUAACUAAUUGGUAA